CGGAGAUCUGGUACCUCAACAGCUUCGAAUCUAUGCCAUGGCGACACCUGGGAAUAGAAGACUAGAGAAGCUGUACUUCGAUACUCGCUACUGAUACCUUCUCAGCGCCUAAAGUCUUUUGUUCUCCAACACGACUCAUCGCAACCUCAUCAAUAGAGCUAGGAAUGUUCUGUAUUGUUCACGUUGCGAUAGCUCACACAAAAUGAUCUCUGGAAUCUUUAUAAAGGUCUUGUCUUUCAGCCUUCAGAAUCACACCUUAGGUCUGACUCUCACCGCUGCUUUCAAAGGUAUGUUCUCUCUCUCUAUCAGGUAUGAAUGUCAUAAUAAUUUAAGUUUGGAGCACGAUGGACCCCAGCUUCUAUGUUCAGCAAAAUGUUCCACUCACGCACUUGAAUCUCGGGACCCGACCCAAAGAAGUUCCCCGGCGGCACCAAUGGUGUCACCCCUCGUCCCAGAUUCAACGUUCUUUGAUGUAUUCCGGGUUUAUCGCUCUUUUGUUAAGCGUACGGCGGUGAUGUGUUCCGGCUCGCCACAGUCAAUGAGGUGGAUCUACUACGGCACUAUGGUCCUCCAUAUCCUCGCGCUUUGGGUCUUGUACAUGUUCUCGGUCCCGACGUUCUCCUUGUUUGGAUACCUCAUCACAUCCCCUGUCCCUUCCCCAGUGGAUUACUCUGAUCUGUUUUGGGCCGGUGUGUCGGGUACCUUGGUCUUGAGUCCUGCCUGGCUCCUGCUCAUCUGGGUGAUUUUGCGGGCGACUAUUCCUGUUGAUACUGUUUCGACUAGGGUUCGGCAAAUGUGCCAUGUGAUCGCUUUCCAGGUCUUUUUCGUCGUAAUGGUAGUUGCGUCUAUGACCGCUAACAUCGUGGUCGGUGUACUCGUGAAAGGAGGAAACACGCAGUUAGAUGGGGUCCACGCUGCACGAGUUGGGGCGGUGAGAGGUGGAUUGAUGUGUUUCUGCGGCUUUUUUAUUGUAUUGUUCUUUUCUCUCGUGCUGUGUGCGGUCAAACGGUGCACAACACACUGAUACAUAUGACUGGAUCUAUUACUGAGAUGUCGUAAUCCAAUCAAUUAAUUUAGCCGGGAAAAAUUAGCUUGAACCAUAUGGAUACAAUAAUGACUCCCCGGCGUGAGAAACUUCUGCCUACGGGAAAUUCGUCCGUGUCAGCACUGCGUGGAGCUUAGGACGAGUUGCAUCAGAUCAUGCAUCCAACUGUACACCACAGAUUUCUCUGGGAUAGCGAGUACAUAAUCCGUCGAUUGGCCGCCUGAUUAAUUAGGGUCUAGGUCGGAAGCUUGAACAAUACGGGUACUCGUCCCCAUGAAGAUCCAGGAUAACAUAUGGAGGUACUUAUCCGUGUACAUUUUGAUUUCCUGAAGCCCGGAAUGCAGGACGCACUAUGAAGAAGCGACUUUCCACAUAUGACAGUUAGCCGGAGAGUAAUAGUAGUAACGAGUUACUACGGAGUGAGAAUUCGGGGAAGAACUUCUAGUUAUGAC